AAAAAUGUUUGAUUGGUGAGACUAAUUUAAUCACAAGGUCCUAUCUAUAGCAUUUUGCUGUGUUUGUGUUUUACCUCGAACGACGACACAUGAUUCAACAUAAAUAUAUGAAUUCAUAGGACAUGACAACACUACUCCAAUGUACAUCCAUCACAACCAAUCGGGCCAAGGGUGUGGGCCGACCCAUGUAAAACUAGCAUUUCUCCCAGGGUUGAUUCAAUCGGUGAACCACGCGUCAAGUUUCAGGGUUCAGCAACGCUGCAAUGUUCAUGGGACUGUGGAAAACGUUGAUCGGGGCAGUCGUCGCGGGUGCUGGGACGGCGGCGGCUACAGUCACAUUCAGGUCCGCCACCGACAGGUACGCCGUCGGAGACUCGCAAGUGGACAAUGGCGGCGAUUGUGCCGCCACCGCGAAGUCUUCCGAGUCGGAGUUUGAAAGGGCCGACGAGGUAGACGACGAGCUUGAGCUGCUGGAAUGGCUGUGGUUUGGGUGCACCACCGGCGUGGGGUUGGUCAGGUUUUCUUGCUUGACGCGCUCACGGUACUCCUUAAUUCGGUCCUUGUUCCGGACAUAAUAGGCCUUCAUUUGAGCUCGCUUCUUUUCCCGAUUGCGAGCGUCCCACGCCUUCUUUUGAGCGGCAAUGCGCUCCUUGUGCAGUUGGCUGUAUUCCUUAGCUUGGGUGAUCGCCUUGGCUUUAUUACGGUCGUACCAUUGCCGUCGACUUUGGGCUCGCUUGGUGGUGUCAGUCGUAUCAUGGUUGUUUUCCAUCGCUUUCUUGGUGGGAAAAGGAUGUACUAGUAGUGGUGGGGGUGCUUGGG